CAGCAGUAAGACAACAUGGUGAUUACAACUCCCUGCUUCAGACUAUUAAUACUUGAAGUUAUUCUGCUGGGGACACAUGUUCGAAAUAGCUUUACCCAAAAAAGGGGUGCACCUACUCUUCGUCUCACUCCUAAAAGACUUCAACACUUUCAAUAUGAGUCUUUAUCUUUUGAUUGUGAGAGCCCUGAUGGUCCUAUUGAACUGAGAGGAGUCAGAAACACUGAGGAAAUGUUAGAACAUUUUAGUCCAGCGUGUAACAGUAAAAGAACUUCAUCUUCAUGCACAAUUUCUCAAACUUAUCUAACAGACAGUGCAGAGUACUGGUGUGAGGUUAAAGGGGGUCAGAGAAGCAACAGUGUCAACAUUACCAUAACUGAUGGUUCUGUGAUCCUAGAGAGUCCAGUUUUCCCUGUUUUUGAGGGACACAAUGUGACUCUCCGCUGCAUAAGCAAGACAACUCACACCAACCAAAGAGCAAAUUUCUACAAAGAUGAUGGCCUCAUAGACCCGAGCCCUUCUGACAUCAUGGAAAUUAAAAGUUUUUCCAGGUCUGAUGAAGGACGAUACAAGUGCAGCAUUUCUGGUGCUGGAACAUCACCAGAAAGCUGGCUUCAUGUCAGAUCAUAUUCUUCAGCAGAGACCCUGUCAGAUGACUCCAAUUCCAAUAAUGUCUCAAUCCUGCUGUGGAUUCUGUUGCCUCUUUUAUUGAUAAUAUUGAUGCUGCUGGUAGUCAAAUUUCUUAAUACUUACAAACAUAGAGUUUCCUCAAAGACAUCAGCAGCAUCAAACUCAGAUGAAGACCAUCCAGUAGAUGAUUUUUCCCCUUCAGGCGAGCUCUCAGAACAACCUGUUUACACCACUGUGACCAUAAACAAGACAGAACAAACUCCAGAACUGGAAUCAGGAUUAUCACGCUCCACACCGACCUUGAGUCUCCCAGCAGGUGAAGAGUCGAGGUCUCCAGAGACGGUCAUUUAUUCAUCCAUCCAGACAGCCACAAAGAGCAAGCUUCAAACACCUGAACAGUAGACUGCAGAAAGGAGUCAAACCUGUCAUGGUUCCUGGGUCGUUGACUGAGUGCUUUGACUUUAUUUCUCUUCAUUCCCACUUAAGAGUUUUCUUAAUUUUUUCCAGUGUUCUUGAAAUUCUAGUUCUAGGUUUAUGGUAAUGAUCUAGUCCUUGAGUUUUAAUUAAUGUUUAAUGUUAAUGUUUUGCCUUGCGGUCACCGUUGUUGUGAUCUUGCGCUUUAUAAAUAAAUUGAAUUGAAAUUAUUAUUUUUCUUUUAGUAUUCCGCUUUUGGUGAUUUGGUUUUGUCUUUUGUUAUUUUUUCCCAGCCUCUUCUGUGUCUCCUGUCUACAGCUAAAUUAGGUGUUCUAAUGUUAUGACAUGUCCCGUCUUAUUUUGCCAGUCUCUCUGCUUCCCCAGCUGUGUCUCUCUCCCUGAUUACCUCGUGUGUAUAUUUAAGCACUUUGUUUUCCUCAGUUCCCUGUUGUGUUCUCCCACAUAUUAUAUUUUUUGUUAUUAUUAUCUGUUGGUGUGUUUUGUGAUUUUGUUUUUGCA